AAAACGAAAACAAAAACACAAAAUUUGAAGAGGGAGUAGUCACAAAAUAGAUCAGAGAGAUGAAGAAAGCAGGGGCAGCUGAGAAGAAAAGGGUCCGGAGAUCAUCAGCAGUCUCUCAAAACGGCAUCAGAGAUCCCAGCAAUGAUACCCCACCUAGGAAACAAGCUGCCAAGAAAGAUGUUUACCAGUUGUUUGCUGAGAAGGUUAGAGACCAUAAAGAAUUGGAAUCUAGGUGGGCUGUAUUACAGGAAACUCGAGUAGAAUAUUUUAGAGGUAAGGAUUUUGUAAGCUUUUUGAGAAAUCAUCCAGAGCUUAAAGAAAUACUAGAAUCAGAAAAGAAUCUUGAAACUGAAGAUAUUGCCAAUGCUCUAUUAAGAAAGAAUCUCUUGGUGCGCUGUGAUCGUGUGGUGAAAACUGUACGUCCUGGGAAAAAGAAAUUGUCCACCUGGCCAGCUCAUUUAGAGGUCUUCCCUGAGCAAAUAUUUUCUGAUAAUGAUGCUUUUUUUGCAUGGACAUUUGUGAAACGACGACCUUUGUGGCAAACACUUCUCUCAUUUUGCUGGCCUUUGUUGACCCUAGCAAUUUGCUUGUUUCCUGUUUAUCCACAUCGAUGCAAGCUAUUAAUACUUUAUUCUUGUGCUGGGGUCUUGCUGGUUAUCCUGUCUUUACUCCUGGUGAGAGCUGCAAUAUUUGGUGCUAUAUGGAUUCUUCUUGGAAAGCGUGUUUGGUUUUUCCCGAACAUCCUUGCUGAGGAAGCAACAUUAGGGGAACUAUUCCGUUUCUGGCCCAAGAAAGAUGAAGAAGAACGGCCUAAGUGGACAGCAAGACUUUUCUUUGCUGUAGUAGCUGUGCUGGUAAUAUUAUUGCUGAGGCACCAUGCCCCUGAUGAAGCUGCUAGAGCCAGGUAUCAGAAGCGGAUGUCAAACAUAAUCGAUGAUGUUCUUGAGUGGAAUCCAACAUUGGCACUGUCUGGGAUGAUGGAGAAGCAGCCAGAUGUGGCAAAAACAACAGAGCCGAACAAAAAAAUUUCAGAGGAAAGCCAAACAAGCUCAGAGAAGACAGCCCCUGCUGAUACCAGUGCAGAAACCAUUUUAGAGCAACAUGAGAAUGAAGAAACUGGAAACACACAAGGCUAUGAUCAACAGCAACAGCAACAUCAUGACAGUAUAUGAUAAUACCCGCAGAUGCCCGGCACACAGAUCAUUGUUGUCUUCUUUUUUUGGCGUAAUAUUGAGUGUAAUACUAUCAAACAUGCAAUAAAGCAGUUGAGUUUUCAACA